UGGGAUUUAGAUGCGACGUCAGAAAAUGGCAAAUGCGAUAUUCGCGCAAAGGACCAAGGUGGAGGACACCAUCGAGUGUUUCCUCUAUCCCAAGUUCUGCUACGCUGCCGACCCGGACGCGGUGACGGAGGCGAGGCUCGUCGAGGAGAUCGCCAAGUACGACGCGGAAAUCGCCUCGUACGUCGCCAAUCACAUCUGGCACAGUGACAGCUUGACUUUCCGUCCUAGAACCAAGCAGGCGAUGCUGCUGAAUCGCACCCUCGAGGGAUCGGCGGUGGAGGAAGAUUACCACACCUUGCCUCACAUUUACGCGAAUCUGCGUUUCGACGAGGACAUAGGGGACGAGUGGCUGACGGUGUUCCUAAUAUUUAGGCUCACCAAACUCUUCGACGGACUGAUCGCCCGAGUGGUGGACACGGACGGGGAGUUUCUGCUGAUAGAAGGCGCCCACGUCCUGCCGCUCUGGGCCAGCCCCGAGACGUGCCAGGACCGUGUGUUCAUUCAUAACGGUGAUAUUCAUGUCAUUAGAGAGAGGGGAACGUCGUUUCCCAAUCUGUUGAAUAACAUAAACAGCAAGCCGCACAUCUCCAAGAUGUCCGAGAAGGUGCAGCUCGUGCUGCAGAAGCGAAUCGGCAUUUAUCCCGACGAGAUUCAGAAGAGGAAGCACAAGACGAGGGCAUUCCUGCCGGAGAAGGCGGCUUCGAUACUUCGUCUAGAACCAAGACUCAUUGCGCCAGCGAUUAGAACUAUCUGCCAUUCGGAUCCGCUCGAACGCAAAGUUUGUCGCGCCAUGAGAUAUUUCCCUCCCGAGCAACGAACCAUGGUCAAUGUUAAAAUGACCAAGUGUUUGUACGCGAUGGCGACGCACUGUCGUUAUACCGGCGAUCCAAGAACAGGUUGGAACAUACCACCUGCGACUUGCUCAAAAUACAAUGCUCAUGUUCUUGGAGUUAAGAUAGCAUGCGGUUUAGAGAUGCUAGUAGCUCGGGCCAACGAGGAACGUAGAAAACGUGUCAGAGAACAGUCGGACGUUCCCGACGACGCUGAGAAGUUGAAGCUGAACGAGUCGGCUUACAACGCUUACCUAGCUCGUUUAGAGGCGAACGGUUACUUUAGAGAUCUGUUGGAGGGUAGUCAAGAACGUGACAAGCUGCUGUCCACGGCGAGAGAGUAUUUCUUGAAGCAUGCGACUUUGUUUGAUAAUCUAACGAAUUUGUACGAGAGCGAUGCUCAAAAAGUCUUAGAAGCAUGGGAGAACAUACAGACGAAUGACAUUGAAAUGCAUGCACAAGAUGAAAUUACGUUAAGUCCCGCGGAUACCGACAGUUGGAUGAAUGUGGACCCGGCGCAGUUAGAGGCGUAUUUGAACCAACAGUGGGGCAACGUUAAGGAUAAAAAAUUGGAAAAGCAGGAAUCCUUGAGUCUCCGAGAAAAAGUGCAGUCGUUUCUCAACCAAACCAGCGACGUUGACGGCGUGCAUUUCUUAGGAGAACAAUCAAUGGACAAUGACAUGCAGGACGCGGAGGAUGGCGCGCGAAUAGACUUCGACGCGGACGUGUUCGACAGCACGCUACGAGGCAUCCUCGAUCUGGUCGUUCCGGGGGGAGAGGACGAGUUCGAGGGCAGCUCGGAGGGAUCGCUCGGCGGCGACGACGAGGACAAGGGCGGCGAUAUGGACAAGUACAUGCGGCUGUUAGACUCGCAGCUGCAGUCGCAGAUGGUAAAAGACGAGAGUAGCUCGGUAGCGGAGGACGAUGAUGAUAACAAUAGCACGGAUCCCGUAGAGGCAAAUUUGCGAGAGAGCAUCGAAUCCGAGGCCGGCGGCUCCGGCCCGGCCGGGAACAUAAUCGGCGGCCCCGUACGGAGGCUCAUGCACUUGCAGCUGCAAUCGCCCACGGGUAUCGGGGUGCCGCCCGACUUGCAGAGUUAAUGGCACUACGUAUAUUAGUAGACGAUUAACAAUAGUUACGAUUCACGGUUAACAUUCGUAUAAAACAUUAUUACAACCCCUUCGCUUCAUUCUGCAAGAUACAUUAAACAUUUUGCCAUUUUCGAAACACAAGGAGAAAAGACAAUGGACUUGAGUCUCGUUACUAUUCAAAUUAUUACACAUUUAUUACUUAAAAUAUAUAUACUUAAUGUUAUCGAUCAAAGCACCUUUAUCACGCAGAUAGU